UGGGUUGCUCGUUUAUUCUCCAGUUCUACCAGUAUUAGCAACGUGAAUAUUUAUUUUCAGGAAAUUUGUUACUCUAUAAUUUAACUCUACUUAAUUCCCAUUUAUUCUGUGAUGGUUAUUACAGCAUCCUCUCAGCGGUCACGCCCACCUUUGCACCUUUUUGCAUCGUGAAGCUUUAAGGAUUGGACAAGCUGUAGCCUAUAUAACGUAAGCGUAAAAUCCACAACAACACAUUAGGCUGAAAAACACGGGGGAUGAUAGACCUGACUGACCAGGCUUCUAUUUACAGGUCAAGCCCUCGUCAAAGAUACGCUGAAGCGGACUACUGUAAGGUAAAUCACUGCUACAAUGGAGCAACAUGCGUGACUGGAGUAGGAGAGGAACCCUUCAUCUGUAUCUGUGCCGAUGGCUUUGGUGGAGACACCUGUAACCUGACAGAGACAGGACCUUGCAGUCCCAACCCCUGCAAGAACGAUGGGUCCUGCGAGGUCAUCGCUCCGACCAGACGAGGAGAUGUUUUCAAUGAGUACAUCUGCAAGUGCCAGCCCGGCUUUAAGGGAGUGCACUGCCAGAUCAAUGUAAAUGACUGUGAAAACCAGCCUUGUAAGAAUGGAGGGCAAUGCCGAGAUCUGGAUGGAGACUACUCCUGCCAGUGCCCCUCACUAUAUGUUGGAAAGCAGUGCCAGCUACGGUGCGUUUCUCUGCUGGGGAUGGAGGGAGGAGCAAUCGUGGAGUCCCAGAUUUCUGCUUCCUCUGUGCACUACGGCAUUUUGGGUCUUCAGCGCUGGGGCCCAGAGUUGGCUCGACUGAACAACCAAGGCAUCGUCAACGCCUGGACGUCAGCCGCACACGACAAGAACCCCUGGAUCGAGAUUAAUAUGCAGAAGAUUAUGCGUCUGACGGGCAUCAUCACUCAGGGUGCCAGUCGCCUGGGCACAGCUGAGUACAUCAAAGCCUUCAAGGUGACGAGCAGCCUUGAUGGAAACUCCUACAUCACUUACAAAGUGGAUGGCCAGCAGAGGGAUAAGGUUUUUGUGGGCAACAUAGAUAACGACCGCACAAAGACGAACCUUUUUGACGUUCCUAUCGUGGCCCAGUACAUCCGCAUCAUCCCCGUGGUUUGUCGCAGGGCCUGCACGCUGCGCAUGGAGCUGCUGGGCUGUGAACUUCAUGUUUAUUCAAACACGGCAGGUUGCUCAGAGCCUCUUGGUAUGAAGUCUCGGUUCAUCUCAGAUGGGCAGCUUUCAGCCUCCAGCUCUUACCGCACGUGGGGCAUUGAUACUUUCACGUGGCACCCCCAGUUUGCCCGGCUGGAUAAAGUGGGGAAGACUAAUGCAUGGUCUCCUGCUUACAACAACCGCUCAGAGUGGAUCCAGGUUGAUCUAGAGAAGACAAAGCGCCUCACGGGCAUCAUCACACAGGGUGCAAAGGACUUUGGAGUAGUGCAGUUUGUGUCAGUGUUUAAAGUUGCAUACAGCAAUGAUGGGGAGUCCUGGAGUACGGUGAAGGAGAACACUGGAAAUGAUAAGCUCUUCCAGGGAAACACUGACAACAACACCCAUAAGAAGAAUCUUUUUGAGCCUCCGGUGUAUGCUCGAUACGUCCGAGUCAUCCCCUGGGAAUGGCACGAGCGCAUCACUCUGCGCAUGGAGCUGUUGGGCUGCGAUGAUUAGAAACUAGUCAAUAACCAUUUAUCAGCACUCCAUCCUCAUCCUCAGAUGCUCCGUCUGCUCGCACCACAGCAGAGGACAGAUCACAAACAGAAUCAUUUGCUUUGUUUUUUACUCCAUGGAAAUCAUAUUUGCUGAAUAGCUUGGACUUUAACACUUGUAGCACUUUGACUGUAGCAACUUUUUUUCCCCCCCUAAUGUUUACAUUGCUAAAAGUUUGUUUGAUGCUGCAACAUUGAACUGCUCACAGAUCCCUCACAGAUUGAUCAUUUGUCCUUUAGGAACUUUUUUUUUGCACAGAUCUUCUCUUAGUCUGUCUAAGAAUGCAAGCCCUGAGGUUUUCCUGGUGUAAUACAGAGUGUAUUUAUGGCAUUUCCAACCACACAGGACAGGAAAGCUUGUCCAGAGCAGGAAAAUUUCACAUUUUGACUCCACGGAUGAGUAGGGUGUUCUGUUUGUUUGUUUUGGGGGGGUUUAAACACAUUUUGACACCUUUUUGCUUUGUUCCUAAACUUAAUUUCAUGACCAACUAAUUCUUUUUACAAAAAAUGUGAAAUAUGUAGAAAACAGCAACGUUUUGCAUUCCUUUUUUAAUUCACUGUUGGUUAACAUUAUUAAAUGUU